AUGACACAGGACCUUGAUGACUGGCGCACGGUGCACGGAAGUCUGGCGGAUACGGCGCAAAACCAACUCUGGCUGGAUGUUUUCGAAGCUGCGUACGACAUCAACGAUUGCCGGCAAGCUUUGCUCAGCGUUCCCGCUUUUCUGGGUCACUUCUUGAUUCGGGAUUUCGAUUAUGAGGGCUUCCAGCAAGUGCUUUCUGAAGAGGAUGAUCUGGAGCGUAGCUUGGACGCCGACAUGCAAGCCGUUGCAAGCUUGAUGUUGAGGCUCGUGCUAACCAUUGCAAAGACUCAUGGUUUACCGUUGGAAGAUUGGCAGGAAGCAAAUGCAGCCUGUGGAAAGGCAGUGCGCAGCCUUCCUGCGUGCUACCGACUGCAGCGACAACUUCCUGGCGCUCUGAACGAUGCCAGAGCCUUGCGCUGGUUAGAGGCGGAGGAUGGCCCAGGCUCCAGCCUCAAUCCAUGGAACACUGAUGAGGGGCGCGAGCUCUUUGAAGACAGGCAUCAGGUACUGUGGAGUGAUGUCAAGGCUCUCCUGGCAAAGGACGGGUGCGCUCUCGGCUCCUUUAGCGGGCCUCUGCUGGUUUUGGAGCUGGUGCACUUACCGGCCCUGAGCAUCGCGCACUUGCAGGUUCUACACGCAUGCGCCGCACUUUCCCAGGGAGACGUGGUGCUUUGGGAAGUUGAUGCAGGCAUUGGCAGCCUUCUGCAAGAGGGUUUCGUUAUACAUGGUCAGUGGCGUCAGCUGGAAAGCGAGUUCUGCUUCCUGAGCGCGUUCGAUUGGAUCUGCCCGGAUUGGGCACGCGGACUUUCGGAGCAAGAACUGACAGACGAAGGGCACACCCAGCAUGUCGAUCUGGGAGCGCCGGAAAGUCUGAGUUGA